AUGGAUAACAGUUAUAUAUCGUUGAUAUCAACUAAUCCACAGGAUGUCAAUCCUCACAAUUUGACUACCAGAGUCAGUUCCACGUUGGAAAAAUCCACGGGGAAGAAACACCUCACGGACAAUAAUCCAGAAACGUGCUGGACAUCACAACAGGGUCCUGGGCAGUAUAUCCAUCUAACGUUCGAAAAGCCAGCGAUACCCAGGCGUGUCACCAUCAUCUUCCAGGGGGGUUUUGUCGGAACGAAAUGUAGACUCGGCGGUACAUGGACAUAUAUCCACCCAGAGGAUGCAAACAGACGGCAAGUUUUCGACUUGAUAACCCAUAGAGACGGAUUGCCAGGGAAGGGAAUUCAGAGCAUGAAACUCGUUUUCGAGGAGAGUUCAGAUUUCUACGGUAGAAUCAUAAUCUAUGAGCUGAAAAUUGAAGGUCUCUUGCUCUGA